AUGCGAUUCUUUACUUUCGCUGCUCUUGGAGUGGCCAACGCUAUCGGCGCACUUGCUCUCGAGUCACUUUCCGGGUCUGUAAAAGACUUUCCUCAGUGCUCCUACUCUGCUUUCAAGGACGCUCUCGAAAAUGAGCGCUGCGAUGUCAAGAGCAUUGGAGCGGGAACGUUUGAUUGCUUGUGCAAGCAUGUGGCUAGCAUCAUCGUCACCAUGAGCUCAUCUGAAAUCGACGCCAAUUGCCAGGCCAAUUGGGGGACUGCCUUGAGUGGAGUGUGCAUACAAUGGGGACUGGCUAGUACCACUGCGAGUGACUUUCCCGAAGCCACCAAGGCACUCGCAUCCGAACUCGGUGCGGCUGCUGAUGCUGGCCCAACUAGUGCUGGAUCUGCUGCCAGCAGCGGUUCAACUGCAGGAGCAGCUUCCACAUCUUCCUCCAAGGGACCUGCUGCUGUCGCUACCCCAGUGAUGGGGCUUCUUGGUGCGGCUGCUCUGGCGGGUAUUUUGGUUUGA